GUGACAACAAGAGGACCAAAAACCUGCUAGUUGCUAGCAAGCGACUACUCACUUCCAGUUUCAUCUGAAACAUGUCACCCAAUUAUCAUCACCAAAGAUAGAGAGAAACUACUAUUAUGGCCGUUGCCUGCUCUCCCGCUUUCUCUCUCCGCCUAAGACCCCACACUGCCCUUCGUUUCUUCUCUCGCUCUUUCCAUCCCACAAUAUUCACAACCCCAACCCUCUUUUACUCAACAAACCCUCUCAACGCUCUAACUUCGCACCCUCACUUCUCCUUCUCUCGUCUGCAUUUUCUCUCUCCUCACCCUCGCCGGAGCUGCUUCUGCACUCUCACCUCCGCCGCCGGAGACGAUGUCAAAACGCCGGAAAAUGUCGACUCCGGCGAGAAAGUCGGACAUUAUCGUAAGAGGUUGAGAAUUGCUGAUAUUAAAGGAGGUCCUGAUGAGGGUUUGGACCGUUUAGGUCAGAGUUUGGUGGUUCGUGGAUGGGUUCGGACUAUUCGGAUGCAAAGCAGUGUCACUUUUAUUGAGGUGAAUGAUGGAUCGUGUCUUUCGAAUAUGCAAUGUGUGGUGAGCUCGGAUGCUGAAGGUUAUGAUCAGGUGGAAGCUGGCUGCAUCUCCACAGGUGCAUCAAUCAUGGUCCAUGGUGUUGUAGUUGGAAGCCCAGGAACAAAACAGAAAGUUGAGUUAAAAGCUGACAAGAUAGUGACGGUUGGUGAAAGUGAUCCUUCAUUUCCUAUACAAAAGAAAAGGGUCAGCAGAGAGUUUUUGCGGACUAAAGCUCAUCUUCGCCCUAGAACCAAUACAUUUGGUGCGGUUGCGAGGGUGAGGAAUGCUUUAGCCUAUGCUACACACAAGUUCUUCCAAGAUAAUGGAUUCGUUUGGAUCUCUAGUCCCAUUAUCACGGCUUCAGACUGUGAAGGUGCCGGUGAACAAUUUUGUGUGACGACUUUGAUUCCAACCUCCCUGGAAGCUUUGGAAUCUUCUGCAGGAACAAUUCCAAAAACGGAGGAAGGUUUGAUUGAUUGGUCCCAGGAUUUCUUUGGAAAGCCAGCAUUCUUGACUGUGUCAGGCCAACUUAAUGCUGAAACAUAUGCUACUGCUCUUUCUGAUGUAUAUACAUUUGGCCCAACCUUUCGAGCUGAAAAUUCUAAUACUUCUAGACAUUUAGCUGAAUUUUGGAUGAUUGAACCUGAACUCGCAUUCGCUGAUCUCAACGAUGACAUGGCUUGUGCAGCUGCUUACCUCCAGUAUGUAGUGAGGUACAUUCUUGACAAUUGCAAAGAAGAUAUGGAUUUUUUUAACACGUGGAUUGAGAAGGGCAUCAUCAAUCGACUGAAUGAUGUGGCUGUGAAAGAUUUUGUUCAAGUAACUUAUACUGAUGCUGUUAAUAUUCUUCUAAAAGCCGAUAAAAAAUUUGAAUUUCCGGUAAAGUGGGGUUGUGAUCUCCAGAGUGAGCAUGAACGAUAUAUUACAGAAGAGGCUUUUGGUGGUUGUCCUGUAAUCAUUAGGGAUUAUCCUAAGGAUAUCAAGGCAUUCUACAUGCGGGAAAAUGAUGAUGGGAAGACUGUAGCUGCUAUGGAUAUGUUGGUUCCAAGGAUAGGUGAGCUUAUUGGUGGAAGUCAAAGAGAAGAACGCCUUGAGCGUCUCGAAAAUCGUUUAGAUGAAUUAAAGCUUAGCAAGGAAAGCUAUUGGUGGUACCUUGAUUUGCGACGUUAUGGAUCAGUUCCUCAUGCAGGUUUUGGACUGGGUUUUGAGAGGCUGGUUCAAUUCGCAACUGGGAUAGAUAAUAUCAGAGAUGCAAUACCAUUCCCUCGGGCACCAGGUUCAGCCGAAUUUUGACAUGGAACCGGGGCGGAUCUAGAAAUGUUGAAUUGACGAGGCAAAUGAAUAUGAAAGUUGACCAUUUUUCAACUUUCAAAACUUUACCUUCACAUUUUGAUAAUUUCUUGUAAUUUUAUAUGAUUUUUUACAAUCAUUUUUUGUACGAUCAUGGGACUGAAAAAAUAAAUUAUUUUAUAUGAAUGUGUAAUUUAUAUGUCA